UUGUUGAUGUUGAUUAAUUCAGGGGUCUGUCACGUGCUGGUCACGUGACGGAGGGCUCGGGCCCUGCCUGUGUUCAGUCGCUCAGGCGGAGGAAGCGGGAAGGUAAGCUCCUCAACGUCCCUUCACGAUUCCUCGGUUUUUUUAACGACACGGGAGGAAUAUUAAGCACAUUCCGUGCGCGACACUGUUGAUAUUUACUUGUACGAAGUAGCUGCACAAUAAUAUAAAAUAAAAUUGUGAAUAAACUGGAGGCUAAUGCGCUAGCUGUAGCUGUUUUAGCCGGCCGCGGAUGGACGGAGGCAGCCUCCGAGGAUGGAGCUCCGGAUUCUGCGUGCGGUAGAAGCCUUUGGAGUCCCCUAGGCUGCUUGUAAAGCCGGAGUGAUGACAUUACACGGAGAAGCGGCUCUUCUGCUGGCUCACAGCUGAUGGAAUCCCUGCAGUGUCCGUGCUCUUCCUCGCACUCUACUGGGAACGAAUGAGGAGGACAGGGAGCAUGGAAACGGGACUCUGAUUUGGAGGAACUGAUAUUUGCAUCAACUGGAAGCACAGGAACAUUUUUGAUGGAAGAGCUACUUUUUCUGUUUUUGAGUUUACAAGAUUUUUUUCAUGGGGGUGGGAUUUUUCUCGCUCUGAUGACACAAGUCUAGAAAUUGCUUGUGAGGAUUUUUGAAUUUUUUAAAAUACAUUUCAGUAGUUUUUUUAUUUAACUACAUGAAGAUCAAACAUCAUGACUUGAUUGGUCCUAUUGUUUUUAUAGCCGUUCGGCCUCAUGACUUUUCAAGUCCGGCAAGACUUGCAGUUUUUAGAAAAGUUUUGAUCGAUUAAAUGGUCCGCAGAUCGAGGACUCAAAGAAAAGCCUAAGUACUAUGCAUCGUUGUGGUUGUCUUGCAUCCAACCCAAAGCCAUUAACCUCAGCAGAAAGACACGCUCAUAGCAGUACCUAAAUCCCCUACAAGAAGAUCCUCCUGUAGAGUUGUGGUUACAGAAACCUGCAGUGAUGUUUGCUGCUGUGGAGCAUGGACCGGUGCUCUGUAGCGACUCCAACAUCCUGUGCUUGUCCUGGAAGGGCAGAGUGCCUAAGAGCCAAAAGGAGAAACCGGUGUGCAGGAAGCGCUAUUAUGAGGAGGGAUGGCUGGCGACUGGGAACAGUAGAGGAGUCGUGGGGGUCACGUUCACAUCCAGCCACUGUAGAAGGGAUCGGCCCCCCUUGCAGAGAGUGAACUUCAACCUUCGAGGACACAACAGUGAGGUGGUGUUGGUGCGCUGGAAUGAGCCUUUUCAGAAGCUGGCCACUUGUGACACGGACGGAGGGAUUUUUGUGUGGAUUCAGUACGAGGGCCGCUGGUCUGUGGAGUUGGUCAACGAUCGUGGAGCUCAGGUGAGUGACUUCACCUGGUCCCAUGAUGGAACCCAGGCGCUCAUCUCGUACCGUGACGGCUUUGUUUUGGUGGGCUCUGUCAGCGGGCAAAGACACUGGUCUUCAGAAAUCAACCUGGAAAGCCAGAUUACCUGUGGCAUCUGGACCCCUGAUGACCAGCAGGUGUUGUUUGGCACUGCAGAUGGACAGGUCAUAGUGAUGGACUGUCAUGGACGCAUGCUGGCCCACAUCCUGCUGCAUGAGUCGGACGGGAUUGUCAACAUGUCCUGGAACUACCCCAGCUUCCUAGUGGAAGACAGCAGCGAGAGCGACACGGACACCGAAGAUUACUCCCCGCCGCAAGUUCACAAUCACAAACCGUUGCUGACGGUCAGCUUCACCUCCGGAGACCUCAGCCUGAUGAAUAACUACGAUGACCUCUCACCCACUCUCAUCCGCACUGGCUUGAAAGAUGUUGUGGUCCAGUGGUGCUCUCAGGGGGAUCUUCUGGCAGUGGCAGGGAUGGAGAGAACACUCCUCUCCCCUGAAGCCGCCUGUUCUCUCCCAGUUCGGAACGCCACCGUCAAGUUCUACAACAUUCAAGGAGAACACAUCUACACGCUGGACACACCAGCUCAGCGCCCCAUCACAACGCUCUGCUGGGGUCACAGAGACUCCCGUCUGUUUUUGGCAUCGGGUCCGGCCCUCUACGUGGUGCGGGUGGAGCAUCGCAUCGCCUCCCUGCAGCUUCUCUGCCAGCAGGCCAUCGCCUUAGCCGUAAAGGAGGAAAAGGACGUUGCCAAGCUCACCAUGCCUUCCCGCCUCUGUUCCUACGUUACUGCUGCUUUUGUCCCCACCAUCAAGCCCCCCAUCCCAGAUCCCAACAACAUGCGUGAUUUUGUGAGCUACCCGACUGCUGGAAACGAACGUCUGCACUGCACCAUGAAGCGCACAGAGGACAACCCCGAGGUGGGAGGUCCGUGCUACACUCUUUAUCUGGAGUACCUGGGGGGCCUGGUGCCUAUCCUGAAGGGCAGAAGGAUCAGCAAACUGCGGCCUGAAUUUGUCAUUAUGGACCCAAAGACUGAUGGGAAAACUGAUGAGAUAUACGGCAACAGUCUGAUAUCGUCAAUGAUUGACAGCUGUAACUGCUCAGACUCCAGCGAUAUCGAGCUGAACGACGAUUGGGUCGGCAAGAAAUCGCCAAAGAUAUCCAGGGGAAGCAAAUCUCCCAAACUUCCCAGGAUUAACAUUGACCCCAGAAAAUCCCCCAAACUUUCACGUGCUACACAAGAGAUCUCUAGGUCGCCGCGGUUACCCAUACGGAAACCUUCAAUCGGGUCGCCCAGUUUGUCCCGGAAAGAGUUUCCUUUGGACGACAUUAAUCAGCAAAACUACCUAGCUCAGGUUACAUCUAAUAUUUGGGGAACCAAGUUCAAGAUAGUUGGACUGGCCACAUUCUUGCCAACUAAUCUUGGUGCAGUUAUCUACAAGACGAGCCUCCUCCAUCUUCAGCCCAGACAGAUGACCAUCUACCUGCCAGAGGUGCGCAAGAUUUCCAUGGAUUACAUCAACCUGCCCGUUUUCAGCCCCAAUGUCUUCAGUGAGGAUGAAGAUGACCUGCCCGUCACAGGCCCUGCUGGUGGGGCUGAUGAUAACCCCCCCUGCACUGUUAACAUUCCCAUCGCCCCCAUUCAUAGCCCCGCCCAGGCCAUGUCCCCUGCCCAAAGCAUCGGCUUGGUCCAGUCACUCCUGGCCAAUCAGAACGUCCAGCUGGACGUUCUCAGCAAUCCCACUGCUAACCCCGCUGGAGCGGCUGCUGGCGGGUCCGACCAAAGCCAGGACGCCGUCCUGACGGCCCAGUACACCGUUCCCACCAGGUACUCCAGUCCCGGGCAGCUGCAGCAACAACAACAACAAUUGCAGCUGCAACAACAACAUCAGAUUCAAAUCCCGGUCUCCUCCAUGUCAUCAGGUCAGCCUUCAGGGAAAACUCUGCACCAGCUGCAGCCGGGAGCUCUGCAGAUCCAGAUCCCCCACCUGCCUGCUGACUUGGUGGUGGACAGAACCGUUGGGGCCGAGCAUGAGCACUUACUGAAAAUCAAAACCACCAGGUCAGCGUCACAGCUGGCCGACAGCGACUCGGUUGUGUUCAGCGCUCCUCUGGAGCUGAGCAAGAUGAACCCCCCGCCCCCUUAUCCUGGCACUGUGGCUGCUGCUGUGGCCGCUGCAGCUGCAUCUGCUUCUGCCGCAGCUUCUGGCUCGUCGUCGGCAACCGGAGGAGGCACAAGCGGGAAUCCUGCACCCGGCGACCUUUGUCUAAAGAAAGGCGAGUUCCAGCUUUACCCCCCGGGUCAGCAGCAAGCGCAGUACCACACACCUCUGGGCUACGAGCGGAUAACGACCUUUGACAGCAGCGGGAACGUGGAGGAAGUUUGUCGUCCUCGGACGCGGCUCGUCUGCAAUCAGAAUGUCUACACGCUCCAGGGUCCCGGCAGCUCUGCCACUCUCAGGGUCACGUCCUCAUCCUCAUCCGACAAGAAGGUCCAGCUGCCUUACAACUCUGCUACUCUCAACAGACUCACUGCCCCUCGCUAUUCCAUACCAAGCGGAGACCCGCCUCCUUACCCCGACUCAGCCAAUCAGAGCAGCGCUGCUGGAAGGAGCCCCGCUCAGAGGCUGGAUAGCAGUCUGAUCCACGCAACCCUCAGGAGGAACAGUCGAGAGGCUGCGCUGAAAGUCUCUCAGAUCCUGGAACCACCGAGACCGCUUCCUCCCAAGGCUAAAAACAGUGCACUAGCUGCCUCCUUCCAGCAGAGGGUGCCAACAGCCUUAUACACAUGUAGUCAGUGUAGCAGUGGAUCCAGUGUGGGAGGCACCUCUCCUGGAAGUGCUAAUGGAAUAGCGGGUGGAACAAUUAUCAGGCAGGACUUUCCUCCAGGAAAUGGAGCGCCGCACAGUACCGUCAUUGUUCACUCCAACAGUGCUACCCCUCUGGCCUCUCAGUCCUCAUAUAAUCUGAUGAGCUCACUUGAAGGGUUUGGGAACCCAGCAGGAGGAGGAAGUAACCGAGACCGGGCUGAUUAUGUCAAUUCAGCGUUCACAGAGGAUGAAAGCCUGAACCAGUCCCUGAAGCAUCUGUCGCUAGGAGGAAGUGAUGUGUCCGGGCUCGUCGUCAAACGCCCUCCUCCGUAUCAGUGGGAGCCGGCUGCAACGGAGGAGGUGUGGGUUCCUCAGGAAAGGACCGCGUCUUUGAGCUCCACUGCCCCACCUGCGCCGCACAAACCUCCUCCCCUGGUUCUUAGCCCAGCCCAGCACUUGGAUGUAACCAGACUGCCUUUUGUCCUCUCUCCAAAGUCCCCCACCAGCCCCAACGCUGCAUCAUUCCAGGCUGCCGCCGCGGCGUCGGGCUGCCAAAUCCUCCAGUACCCGGCUGCAGCCUCCUACGCUGGAGCCCAGCUUCAGCCCAUGCCUGGAUCUCCACGCCCCUGCACCUCCCCCAAAGAGAUGGUGCCCCCCGUGUCCUUCUCACAACAAGAUGCAACCCUCGUUUUACCCCCAGGUUACCCCGCUAACUUAACUAACCUUGCCUGUUGCCCCCUCCCGCCCAUGUAUCCAGGAGGAAGUGCGUGUGUCGGGCUCCCCAUCCCUCCGAUUGCCCUUCACACCCCAUGGGGCACGUAUAACUCCUGCCCUCCUAUGCCCAGCCCCGCUGUGCCACUGCCACCGAAAGCCUCCCACAUGGCUGUCGACAAAACUGUUCUUUCGCCUCCCCCUCCUCCUCCACCGCCUCCUCCACCGCCACCAGCAGAGCUGCAGAGCCACGGGGAGGCCAUGGCCGAGGCUGGGGAGGGCUUUCAGGAGGUGCUGUCCUUGACUGAAAGCCCUGUGCCCCAGCGCUCCGAGAAGUUCAGCAAGAAGAACCGCAAGCGGAUGGACAGCCGAGCGGAGGAGGCAAACGUAUCGCAGCUAGCUGAGGGGAGCAAGUCCAAGAAGGAGGGGAGAGCUCUGGGGGACUUCAACUCUCUUAUUUCCAGCCCCCGCCUGGGUGGGCGGGACAAGAAGAAGCUGAAGGGGCAAAAAGAGCAGCAGGUGAAGACGAAAAAGCUGAGCAAAGCCACGGCCAACAGCGAGUUCCAGGACAGUUCUGAAAGUGAGCCCGAGCUCUUCAUCAGCGGCGACGAGCUCCUCAAUCAGUGCCAGAGCGGGAAGAAGGGCUGGAAGAGCAAGAGGAACCUGAGGGCCUCCAGCGAGCUGGACGAGAUCAAGUGUCGAAAAACCGAGAAGGAAGACCGAGGACUGGGCAGCCAGGGCUUUGUUUAUGUCAUGGCUAACAAGCAGCCUCUGUGGAAUGAAGCGACGCAGGUCUACCAGCUGGACUUUGGAGGACGGGUCACACAGGAGUCUGCCAAGAACUUCCAGAUUGAACUGGAGGGCAGACAGGUGAUGCAGUUUGGCAGGAUCGACGGGAAUGCCUACAUUCUGGACUUCCAGUACCCGUUCUCCGCUGUCCAGGCAUUCGCCGUGGCUUUGGCCAACGUUACUCAACGCCUCAAAUAAGGACCUCUCCCCCCCUCCCACACGCACCCUGAUUUCCUUGAACGAAAUGCAAACACAGUCUGUUAGAGGGGCACAUUUGUUUCAUUUCGGGUUAGUACAAGAAUGAAAUGACCUCUAGCCAUGUAGAGAAAUACAAUCACACUGCACUACACGAGGCUGCCACUAGGUGGGGUGCAAGAGGCACUAAGGACACAUCGAGUGGCAUCCUUUUGAAGCCUGUGGGGGCCAAAGAGAUGGGUUAUCAUGCAAAUAAAUGCUGCUUUAGAGGCUUACAGGUUUGGUUACUAUCCAAUGGAGACGUGUCAGGGGGCAGUUUUUAAAAAUAGAAGCAGCAGUAAUACUUGAAUAAUACCACACUCUGGAGUUAAAGUUACUUUCCCAGAGGACAGAGGUACUACUGGGCACUGAAAUCCAUUGCUGUACAAAAACUUUUAGUGAAACACGACCACUUUAUUAUACUUUUAGGAUUUUAAUAAGUGACGUAAUGGGAGUGACAAGGGGUUUUUUUUUUUUUUUGCUCACUACCAUUCCCUUCGUUACACACUACUCAAAGUUACAACUUGUUGGGAAUUUUUUAUUUCCACUGUUACAAAUUCUAAAAGGGUAAAUGGUGAAAGUGUAGUCCUCUGAGUUUGAAGGAAACAAUAUUCUUCUACAUAAAAACAUUCAUUGUUUUUACACAAUUUGGUGAAAUGCAUUUAAAUAUCGCUGUGUACUUCAAGAAUUCAGGUAGGAGCGGUUUACAGAAAAGCUUUGGCUGGAAUCUCUUGAUUAUCCACACGCGGUGACACGGAUGCCAGAGACGUCCCCAAACAUCUUGAAGUGAUUUGUCACCCGCCGUCACUUCUGUGAAGUGAGUAUGUAGUCAGGGGGCUGCCCCUGCUCUUUAGGACAUCACCUAACAUGACAGCAAAGGUACAGGAAAUAUUUUUGUAUUUUGUCAAACGUCAUUUCAUACUCUUCGCCAAACCCGUGUACAUAAGGGAGUCACUUUUUGUUGACACCUCGUUUCAUUUGGAAGAAAGCCGUCUCUGCAGUAAAGGUUUUUAAGUCAAUUAAACGUUUUAAGCGACAUAUGAGUGAAGCAGAAUUCCCUGUUUGUGCCAAAAUAUGAAUUUUUAAAUCUAAAAGUGACUAAAAAAUACCAGCUAUGUAGGGAAUUCUUCAUUAAAGGCUUUAAAUCGACUCUAAUUUGUUGAACUUUGAAUGGAAGGCAACAACACUUUAAUUGAAAUGUUUUUUUCUGUAUCGCAUAAUGGGACAGAUGCUGGAAAGAAAAAAAUUCUUGAAAAAAGAGCAUGUCAUAAGAAAAUACUAUUUUGUGCUUGUCGUGCAAUACUCUUAAAGGUGGGGAUUUUUUUUUUUUUUAAUCACAUUUCUUUUAGUUCAGUAUCUCAGAUGCUGGUCUAUAAAUGUUAUUUAUGAGAUUGUUUCCUAAAGGAGAGGAUGUAUCUAUACAUACUGUAUAUUGUGGAGUUUUCUGAACUUUUUUUUUUUUUUUUUUUUAACGAGUGUAGCUCAAGUUGUAAGAUGUGGGUUCGGCAUGGGAACAGGUAGAUUUUCAGUGUAAUGUGAAGUUUGCAUUGGAUGAAAAAUAAAAAAAAGUGAAUGAGUAAGUAAGUAAGUAAGUGCCCACUUUAAUGUAGUUGGUAGACUAGUUUGUAGAGUGUAAGUGUCAAGUCAAGGUGUCGGUAUUCAGCUGUGCAGUCUACCAGUCCCAUCAGUGUUAUUCUUUACCUUCAAACGUGUGUGGCUUCUACACAACACACUGUUCCCAACGUCACUCAGUGGUGGAAAACCACUGAGUUCAUGUUCAGCAUCGCCUAUGGACUUGGUCAAACAUUUACUUUAAACUAAUUAAGAACUGUUGUAGAUAUUGUAGGAUUUGGCUUUUCUUUAGAAAAGGUUUGUGUUUUGUAUUUGUAGAUGUAGACUGAAAUGACAAAAAAAAAAAACACAAAAAAUGAGUGAUUUGUUGACUGAACGUUUAUAGUAAGUGGAUGGAUAAUAUGGCAUGCCAUGUAAAUUAUUUUAUAACUAUAUGUCAAGCAUCUUUUGAAUAAAAUGUUAUUGUUUCUGAAGAAAAA